UCAAAUGCAGAAAGUAACAUACGUUAAUUUUACUGUUUACUUGACGUUUCUUCAGACAUCACAAGCUCGAACGGUGUUUAUCCAACUCUCGUGUCUUUUUAGCGCAAUAACUACUAAUCCAUCUAUUUAUACCUUUGUCGGUGUUUGCAGCAGAAUGGCAUCAGGAGGUCCAGUGAUGAACGGAGACAUAUCUCGCUCCCCCAGUCAGACAGGAGCUCUGGAGGACACACUGAAGCAGAUGAACAUCCUCAUACAAGAGAACAGAGAUCUGAAAGAGGCUUUACAUAAGGCCAAUAUAUCGAUGAAGGAACGUUUCGAGGGUCUUGCUGCUUGGAAAGAAAAACAGAAAGAAGAGAAGGGCUUUCUGGAGUCCAAACUGAGUGAGGCCAAAAUCCGGGUUGAAAGUUUAAUGGUGGAAAACCAGGAUCUCAGAAAGAAACUGGCAACUCAAGGGGGAGACACACAGUUUGUCCAGGGUUCAGAGGUAGAGGCCCUCCGUGCGCAGGUGGCUCGUCUGCAGGCGGAGAAGAACGAUCUGGUGGCUCUGAACUCGGAGCUGCAGCUGAAGGCCGACCACAGCUCCAAUGAUGACUCUUUCAUUGAGAUCAUCAAAGUCACUGAUGGUGGAGCAAAUGGGGUGAGUGAUGCUUGUGGGACAGAGCACGUGAAGGGGCUGGGCGGUCCGUCUCUGAAUCUGAGCAUGAGCGGUUCCAGACUGGACAGUGAGGAGGUGACUGUGAGCCAGCUUCUGCAGUCUCUGAGGGAUGAGACACAGAGAGCAGAGAGGCUACAAGAGGAGCUGCUGCAGGCAAAGCUCAAUUACAGUAAACUCUACAGCACACUGAAAGAGCUGGAGAACAAGAAGAGUGAGGAGCAGUCCACACAGACCACUGAGCCAGAAGAGACCAAGCAGCAGGCCGCCAAGGCAGCGUCUGAGGUAGAGAACCUAAAGUCUCAGGUGAUGACUCUGUACAAAGACCUGCAGCAGGCACAGAGUAAACUGGACGAAGCCGAGGGCAUGAAGAAGAACCUCACUGACAGAUGUCGUGAGGUGGAGCAGGAUGUGGCCACUCUAAAAGCUCAGUUAGUGGACAGACAAACAGUCCAAUCUGAAAAUGACCGUCUGAAGCUGCAGCUGGACAGUAUGCAAGCACAGAGCCUGGUGGAGCAGAGGAAGGCAGGAGAGGAGAGGAGUAAUUUGGCCCAGUUGAAGGAAGCGUACACAAAGUUGUUUGAGGAUUACAAUGAGAUGAAGGAGGAGAGGAAAAAGCGAGAGUCCCAGUUGGUGCAGAGGGAAGUGGUGAUGGAUCUUGAGGAGAGAUUGGGAGCUGCUGAAAAGGCCUUGGUUGCAAAACAAGAACAAAUUGAUGAAAUGAAACGGGAACUCUUUGAGAAAGAGAAAGAGCUGGAGACUAUCAAUCUGUUCAAGCUUCAGGCUGAGGUGUACUCAUCAGACUUCCAUGCAGAGCGCGCAGCCAGAGAAAAGAUCCACGAGGAGAAGGAGCGCCUGGCUGCUCAGCUGGAGUUUGUGAAAAUGCAAAACACUCAGCUUCAAGAGGAGAUGGAUUCACUGGGACGACAUUCACUAAAUGAGAUGCAGAGGAGACACACAAAUCAACCCUCGUUAGUUGGAAGAGGAGCAGAGUGGCAGCAGGGCAACAUCCCAGAACACGCUUGUCCCAAAUGUAACGAGAUCUUACCUGACCUGGACUCUCUUCAGAUUCACAUCAUGGACUGCAUCAAUUGAACUCAGCCAAGACUCAAACCUUUGCACCUUAUUCUUCAGUCUUCCUCUGCUUCGUCCUGUACCUCCUUUUACCGACUGUUGUGGCAGCCCUUCAUAUCUUUACAGGAUCAGAAACGCUGCAAAAAUAAAUACAGAGUAAAAACUAUAUUUAAUUAUAAUUAUAUUAGUAUGUAAUGUAUCAGCUGUAUUGUUGUUCUGUAGGAACAUGUUUUAUAUAUAAAAGUGGUGAUAGAAAAAUUACAAAUCAUUCUUUUACAAGUCAUGUAAUUGUUUUAACAAUCAAGUUAUAUGUUUGGUAUUUGUGUGGUUUUGAUCUUACUGCCAAAGAAGCCAACUGCAGAUGUGUAUGAGAAGUCUUUAAUACACAAUGAAAUCAUACUGAAAUUGCUGUCUACCUUACUUUACAUUACUAACAAAGCUAGUGUGUAAAACUAGUUCAGCUUUAAUUAUAUCAGUUUGAUGUUAUAUUGCAGGAAGUACAUUGAAAUACAGGUGAAAGAAGGUUUAUGCAUUAUUAUAGAAGCACUUUAAAGACAAUAGUUUUAUUUUCAACCUUGAGUAUUUUGUGUAAUGUAGUAAAGUUUAUUUUCUAGGUUUUGAAACAACCAUCUAUGGAUGAACCAUCGCUGAUUUACUCUCAUCAGUAUAACUGUUUGAAAUUACUUUUUCUGUUCUGUUGAUGAGAAAAAUAAAUGUAGGUAUUUCUGAAUGAU